GUCCUCGGCUUAGAGUAGUCCUGUCCGCGGCCCGCGGCCUCCCGCCGGCCACCGAGCUCCGGAGGACGCGGGCGGCCCCCACAGGCGUGCAGCUCCUCCCAGGUCCUAGAGCGGCUCGGUGAGGACCAGCGCUUCCGCUUCCCGUCCCCGCCCCCGGCGGCCGCCCCCGGGACGCCUGGGUCCGAGCCCCCUCCCCAUUUGGCGCGGAGCCCGCAUCCCGGGGCCGCCGGCGGCUCGGGAGACGGAGCCCAGCCGAGGAGCUCGCGAGGGCGCCGGGGUGACAUAGCCGGAGGCGGCCAGGAGGAGAAGGGGGCGCUGCGGGCCGGAAGGAGCAGCAGGGCGGCGUGCGGGCGAUGGAGCGCGCGGUGGAGCCCUGGGGCCCGGAUCUCCAGGGCGCAGAGGAGAGGGAGCAGCUGAGAGGCGCCCGCACAGGUAUAGGGAGUGAGAAUGUGGAGAUUUCUCAGCCGGAUGAGUUUGAACAUACCCCACAGGAGGAUGACUUGGGGUUCAAGGAAGAGGAACAUUUGGCCCCAGGUCAUGAAGUAGGAAAUGCCUCUCUCAAACCCGGAGGCAUCCAGACCUGGGAUGACUUAUGGGUCCAGAGAGAGGGCCCAGGAAAACCUCAGGCUCGGGACAGAGGUCCCCGGCUCCUGGGAGAGCCACGCUGGGGCCAGGCUAGCGAUCGGGCCGCCGUGUGUGGUGAGUGCGGCAAGAGUUUUCGGCAGAUGUCAGAUCUGGUGAAACACCAGCGGACCCAUACGGGGGAGAAACCCUACAAGUGUGGGGUCUGCGGCAAGGGCUUUGGGGAUAGCUCUGCCCGUAUUAAACACCAGCGAACUCAUAGUGGUGAAAAGCCCUACAGAGCCCGCCCACCAGCCCAAGGCCCCCCAAAGAUUCCUCGGUCCAGGAUCCCGGCUGGCGAGCGCCCCACUAUCUGCGGCGAAUGCGGCAAGAGCUUCCGGCAGAGUUCUGACCUGGUGAAACACCAGCGGACACACACGGGUGAGAAGCCCUACAAGUGUGGCAUCUGUGGCAAGGGCUUUGGGGACAGUUCUGCUCGCAUAAAGCACCAGCGGACACACCGAGGGGAGCAGCCUCCCCGGCCCGUGGUGCCCAGACGGCAGCCUUCUCGAGCAGCCACGGCAGCCACGCAGGGCCCCAAGGCCCAGGACAAGCCAUAUAUCUGCACAGAUUGUGGCAAAAGAUUCGUGCUCAGCUGCAGCCUUCUGAGCCACCAGCGCAGUCACUUGGGGCCCAAACCUUUUGGCUGUGAUGUGUGUGGAAAGGAGUUUGCCCGGGGCUCAGACCUGGUGAAGCACCUGCGGGUGCACACGGGAGAGAAGCCCUACCUAUGCCCUGAGUGUGGCAAGGGCUUCGCCGACAGCUCUGCCCGGGUCAAACACCUCCGCACCCACAGCGGGGAGAGGCCUCACGCCUGCCCAGAAUGUGACCGCACCUUCAGCCUCAGCUCCACCCUUCUCCGCCACCGCCUCACNUCAAGCCCACCCCCACCUCCUCUUGGCACGAGCCCCCCGCUGACACCUCGAAGCCCUUCACACUCGGGUGAUGGGCCUUUUGGCCUGCCUGGCUUGGAGCCAGAGCCCGGGGGCCCACAGGCUGGGGAGCCACCCCCACCCCUGGCAGGUGACAAGCCCCACAAGUGCCCUGAGUGUGGCAAGGGCUUUCGCCGAAGCUCGGACCUGGUGAAACACCAUCGCGUGCACACGGGGGAAAAACCCUACCUCUGCCCUGAAUGCGGCAAGGGUUUCGCUGACAGCUCGGCCCGAGUCAAGCAUCUCCGCACCCACCGGGGUGAACGGGCUCGGCCACCACCACCGUCCACUCUUCUGAGGCCACAUAACCCCCCUGGCCCAGCACCCACAGCCUCUCGACCCCGAGUCCGAGCGCAGCCCUCUGGACCCAGCCAGCCCCAUGUGUGUGGCUUCUGUGGGAAGGAAUUCCCCCGGAGCUCAGAUCUGGUCAAACACAGGCGAACACACACUGGGGAGAAGCCAUAUAAGUGUGCAGAGUGUGGCAAAGGUUUUGGUGACAGUUCUGCCCGCAUCAAGCACCAGCGUGGGCACUUGGUCCUGAGGCCCUUUGGGACAGGGGAUGGUCGGGCAAGGCCCCUUAAGGAGGAGCCACCAACAGGACUGGAAUGAUGGGGUCCAGGGAAGAUGGAAGCCCAGGAGACCAAAGGGAGGGUAUCUGCUGCUUAAGCAGAGAAUAAAGGGCCGGGGAGGUGGUGGGAGGGAGAAGGAGGGGAAGAAAUGGGAGAAAGGAGUGAAUAGAUAGAAAUAGAAAUUGGAGAUAAUGACCUUGAAGCUCAGGAAACUCCUGGCUGGGCUCAGUCAGGACCUUUACAGUGUGGUCUAUACCCCCAGCUUCUAGAACACUGCCUCGUAUUCUGAAUAGUGUAGGCACUCAAUACCUACUGAAUGAAUAAACUGGCCUUAGCCUGAGGGCCCUUAAACAACUCUAAAUUCUGCUGCCUCUUAAUCUGUUAAGAAUUGAUCCCACCCAACCUUGCCCCUAGGAGACCAGCACCCUGGCCAGCACCAAACUGGGUUUAUUUGACCUUAUGAGCCCCGACAGUGAGACUUCAGUUUUGGGUGGUAUAGAGGCAGGGGCAUCUUGAACCUUCUGAUGAGAAGAGUACUGCUGUGUGGAUUGCUGGACAUGGUCUUAGCCAGGAAGGGUGCUGUUGGACAGCCCAGACCUCUCUGCCCUGGAGAACCCCAACCCACCCUGACACCUGGACGCUGACAGACUAGACCAGAGACAGCAGAAGGAGCAGUCAUACACUCGAUGCCAAGCCCAGGUCCUGGUGGACGUCAGUGGAGACAAACUGGCUGGGAGAAGGGCAGGACUGCAGUGAGGAGAGGCCAGGGAAGCUCCAAGGCAGGACAGCCACAUCUCCGUGUAUCUCCUCGCCAAUAAACUUUCUUGUCUGAA